UUGUCAGUUGCUAUUCAGAGCUUUCUUCUGAAGGCGGUUAUCAAUUUGACAGACCCCAGGCGCGUGGCGUGGAGUAACAUUGGACAUUUCCUCUCUCUUCUCUCGGAGGAUGAUUACUUAUGUCGAGGAAAUGCUUUAUGGGAAGCAACAGUUCAAUGGGUGUGGCAGAUUCACGGCACCGUCGGCCAAGAAGAUUCUGGUAAAGCCGGUUUGAGUCUAGCUGAAAAGGGCUUCUCAGAGCUGUUUGAGCACCUCAGGGCAUGCGUGGAGGUAUUUCUUAACGAUGGUUCACUAGAGUUAUCAACCGGUGACCCAGAAGUGGAAUCUGUUGUAAGGUUAGUCGUCAUCGCAUGCGAUUCUUCUCUCAAAUUUUCAAAGAACUCAGAGAGUAGGCAGCUCACAGAGGGCUUAUUUCGACAAACUGUGGAGGUUCUUCAACAUGCUGCAGGACAUGUCUACGCCUCAGAAGGUAGAACAGAGAGAGCCGCCAGGAUUCUUUCGGGCGUCUUACGCCACAUGAAUAGCACGACGGCCUCUCAAGGAAACUCGAAUGAAAAAUCAGAUGGCAUCGCCACAGCAACGCAGAGCAUCGAUAACAGCAUGGGAAUCAUGGAAGAGCUGUUGAAGACCAGUGGCGCAGACAUUCUUGAGCUACUUUUGAGGAAGCUCAGCACUACGCCUUCGACCUUCUCUCCAGUGGACAGAAGCUCUGCUUUCCUUGACCUCGCUGGAGAGCUGUUCAUGUUUAUGGCCGUUACUGUGAACUCCGUUCAUGGUUUGGAGGUGUAUUUCCAGUUUAUUGAAAAUCUCGUACAAAGAAGCCGUACAGUAGUCCUGGACAAGCAGUCAGACAGACAGAAGUUGACUCUGAGCGACUGGCGUUCUUUUGUGUUGGCCAUGAAGUGUCUCGCCUGGUGUUCCACAGCUUUAAGAGCCAAACCAAACCUUCACACCAUCCACCUUGUGCAGGCUCUGUCACAAACGGUGGCCGAAUUUGAUCUGAGUUCCGAGUUCCCAAAACCCAGGUUUCUGUAUCAAGGCGAGGCUCGUGAAGAUACUUCAGCAGAGACAAGCAUGUUAGUGAAGAAAGGUUGGGGAAGACUGGUUUCUGACUUCAUCGAAGCUCAGUGGCGAUGUGUCGAAUUUCUGCUUGAGCACGAGUACUCCGAUAGUGGGGGCAGACAGCAGAGAGACAAAUUGGAGCCCUUUUUGGCAACCCUCCCUGACGCGGCUCUCGAAGCUCUCUCUUUGGGUUCUGGCCUUUCGGUGGUACCUGUAAUUAGAUGUGUGCGCCUGUUAACCCCACGAAUGUUGCUGACAGAUGACGUGCUGUGCUCACAGGCUCUUGAAUCUGUGUGGUGGACAUUUCAAGACCGGCAAAAGGGCGAUCAUAUCUGGUUCUGGGGAACUUUGAGAGAGAUGACAAAAGUGCUUUUUAAUCCUUGUCUUCUGGUUCUGCCCGAGGAACACCCCAUGACUGCAAUAGUGCGCAAGUACUGGGGCGAGUUGUUGACUCUGGGAGAAGAUCGUCCAGGAAUUGUGAAUCACGUGAUUGGACCGUGCUGUGAAUUUUGGGCGAACUGCCAAAAUAGUGAUCCAAAUCCAGCUCAUGAAGUCAGCGAAGAAGAUCGUAAACGAAGCUUAGAAGUUCACUUAGAUUUCCUGACCGAAGCUUGCGUUUUUGGCCCCAGAGUAAAGAAGACAAUACGUGUUACGUAUUAUGUGCUUGAGUAUAUUCGUAUGCUUGGCGAGAAACGCGAGAUUAACCCCUUGUACAUGGACGAACUGCGCGAUUACACGCGUGUGCGAGUGAACGCGAUUAACAUGCUACUGACGUUAAAUCCAGAAAACGAGCGUGACGCGAGACUUAUGAAACGUGUCGUCCGCGUAUUCAUCACUAAACUUGACGAGCUGACAGAAGAAAAACCGCGUUCGUCUAUCAACUCGUAUUCGCACAGAAGAAAGCAUCGAGUGUGGCAAGCGAUCCUCGUGGCGCUCUCUCAGUUGUUCAAGGCUGACACCGAAGUGAUGUUUGCGGGUGAAGUCUUGGAAGAGACCUUUCGCGCCAGUGUUAGUGAAAAUCAAGUGUCGGUCAGGAACUUCCUCCAGUGGGCAAUGGUGCUCAUUUUAGGAAGGUAUCCAAGCCUGGAGCCGUUACUAUGGCAACAGCUCAUUUACGACCCAGACAGGCGCGCUGGUAGCGUGUUGUCACUCAUCACAGUCGCUGCGCUAGUCGGAGAGUUCUCGUUCUCGGAUCCUCAUUCCCAGGCUGCCUACUUCCAGCAGGCUUUUCCCGUCAUCCUUCCCUGGGUGUUGACCCCGCAUGUUACGGUCCAAGCGUACGCUCAAGUAGCGUUGCAGAAGAUGUGGCUCACCUGCCAACGGCGAAAUCUGCAUGACGUUAUCUCAAAUCACAGCAUCAUCCAGUCGUGCGUAUAUUUCCUGGAGACAAGCAAAGACGGCUUGCGACAGAAAACGCGCCUUUUGGGAGACGUUUUCUUCCUAGAUUGUCAUCCUUUCCGAGAUUUUUCCAUUCAAACCCUGUUUGAGACCCUCCCUCGCCUGGCGGGGGUUACAGACGAAGAGUGGAUUUCUCCCAAGUUUUUGAGCCAGGGAUCGUUGGGUAUGCGCGUUUGGGAGACAUCUGGGGCUGACUUCCGUGGAUUACCGCUGUACAACCCCGAGGAUACACGUCUUGCUCAGAUUUUAAACGGUGUUUAUGUUAACUGCGAUGAAAGCAUUGGAGAACAAAUCAGUCGAAGAUUAGCGGGCCAAGUAUUGAACAGGUCAGACACGGUGCAAUCAAGCGAGGCGGUAAACGAAACAAAUCUAUGUGGACCACAGAGCCGCGACGUACAGAAGAAGAUCAUGCCCUGGAAAGUGAUUCCUCCUGAUGAAGAAAUGAUUUCGGAAAUGCAAGAGCAGCGAAUGGCGAACCUUCAGAAGAGCUCGUCUGGAAACCUGAUCGUAGUCGCAUCGCUCAUCGACAAGGCCCCAAAUCUCGGCGGUUUGUGUCGGACGUGCGAAAUUUUUGGUGUUCAGACAUUGGUUCUUAGCAAUUCGCACGUGAUUGAAGAUGUUCAGUUCAAAUCGCUUAGCGUGAGCGCCGCAAAGUGGAUGAACCUUGAAGAGGUACGCAUGUCCGAGCUGAAAUCCUACCUAGAGAACAUGCGCCACGAGGGUUACGCGCUGGUUGGCGUUGAACAGACGGCCAAUAGCGUGAACUUGACUCGGUACCAGUUCCCGCAUAAGUCGCUUUUGCUGCUUGGCAACGAGAAGGAAGGAAUACCCGUAGAGCUAAUUCAGAUGCUGGACGUGUGCGUUGAGAUCCCGCAGGUUGGGGUCAUUAGGUCCCUUAACGUGCACGUUAGCGGGGCCCUUCUCGUGUGGGAGUACACCAGGCAGAGGGUCCUUAGUGGUACCUCUUGACCAACAUGGAAACUUGAACAGGCUUUGACACAACUUUUGGCGCUUUUAAGCAGUAACUCAGAUGCGCUUGUAAAUAUUGGACUGUUUCGAUUGUAUUGUAGAGGUUUUGGUGUCAGGUUGACGAGGCCGUCAAUCUCGCUAGUAGGAUAUUUCUCGGUUUGACUUGAAAUUUUUCAGUUCGUGUGGAUAGGAUUCAAAUUUAGUGAUUUAACUGUUGCGUGGAUCUAGUUUUUCAAAUAAAUGUUGUGGACGAUUAUUCACUCUUCAGUAUUAUUUCGGAGAGUGAAACAGAUCUAGCAUUUCUAGGUCAUAGUUUGGUGUCCUUCCUUUCUUCUUGUGUUAGGAGAGCCAUGUUGACCAUGUUGAAAAAGUUGACGUCUGCUAGCUAGUUUGGAUUAGGAACUAGUGAAUUCUCGGUAGUAUUGCAGUACCAAAGAAUAUUCAUACGAAUAUUAAGGCUGAAAUUGGCGGAAGGCCAAUUAAGGCUGAACAUCAUUUUUUCUCUGAUUGAUGGAAAAUAAAAUACAGGGAAAUCACGUGUUUUACCAUCGAAAAUUAUGGUUAAUUCUAACUAGCUAACAAAACGAUAAAAAGUACGUAUAUAUAAAUAAAAGCCAUGAAAGAACUCGCGCAAUGUAACAUGUUACAGACACCAUGUAGUUCUACUUGCAGGGGCGUAGCCAGCCGUUUUGCAUAGAGGGGUUCCUAAUGUAUGUUGCUUGCCCGAUUGACAAUUGAGCGCCGGAGGCGCUCUUUGCUAGGGGGGUCCGGGGGCAUGCUUCCCCGGAAAAUAUUUGAAUUUUGGGUCUUCAGAAGUGGCGUUUCCUUGAUUCUGAGCGCAAAAUUUCAAAUAAUUUCAGAGCCAAACGUAGCCAGCAUUUCUAAGAGGAGAUUUUAAAUCUCGCUUCCUGAAGAGAUGGAUCGUAAUAGAAUUAAAAAUGAAUAAUAUAAUAGUUGAUUAACAUAUUACAUACUCAGUCAUCAAAUGCUGUAGACUUGUGAUUUACCGUUCCCUCAGCUAGGAUAUCAGAAAGAAGGAGGCGACGUGGAUGCUUCCGCGCAAAAAUGUCGAUUGUUGCAUCAAUGUCAAUUUGCCUACCAUAAUGGAUGUUCAUUAGCGCAAGUCCAGACUCUCGCUCACUGGUCAUGGUCGCCCUCAGAUAAGGUUUCAGUCGCCAUAAUGUACUGAACAAUC